UCUCUGUGCGUUGAAGCCGGAGACCGCGGCGGCCUCUGCCAGGACCCUCCGCCCCGGAGCCGCCGGCCGGAGCCGCAGCCGCAGCCGCAGCGCCCCCGCCGCCUCCCCUCCCCGCCCCGCCGCCCCCGCCGGAGCAGCCUCGCGCACUCUGGGGUAUGGCCGUCAAUGUGUACUCCACAUCCGUGACCAGUGAGAAUCUGAGUCGCCAUGAUAUGCUUGCAUGGGUCAAUGACUCCCUGCACCUCAACUACACCAAGAUAGAACAGCUCUGUUCAGGGGCUGCCUACUGCCAGUUCAUGGACAUGCUCUUCCCUGGCUGUGUGCACUUGAGGAAGGUGAAGUUCCAGGCCAAGCUAGAACACGAAUAUAUCCACAACUUCAAGGUGCUGCAAGCAGCUUUCAAGAAGAUGGGUGUUGACAAAAUAAUUCCCGUAGAAAAAUUAGUAAAAGGAAAAUUCCAAGAUAAUUUUGAGUUUAUUCAGUGGUUUAAGAAAUUCUUCGAUGCGAACUAUGAUGGAAAGGAUUACAACCCUCUGCUGGCACGGCAGGGCCAGGACGUGGCACCACCUCCUAACCCAGGUGAUCAGAUCUUCAACAAAUCCAAGAAACUCAUUGGCACAGCAGUUCCUCAGAGGACGUCCCCCACAGGCCCCAAAAAUAUGCAGACCUCUGGCCGGCUGAGCAAUGUGGCCCCACCCUGCAUCCUCCGGAAGAAUCCCCCGUCGGCCCGAAACGGCGGCCAUGAGACCGAUGCCCAAAUCCUUGAACUCAACCAGCAGCUACUGGACUUGAAGCUGACAGUGGAUGGGCUGGAAAAGGAGCGUGACUUCUACUUCAGCAAACUUCGUGAUAUUGAGCUCAUCUGCCAGGAGCACGAAAGUGAAAACAGCCCUGUCAUAUCGGGCAUCAUCGGCAUCCUGUAUGCCACCGAGGAGGGAUUUGCACCCCCAGAGGAUGACGAGCUCGAGGAGCACCAACAGGACGACCAGGACGAGUACUGAGGGCGGCUCUAGCCCUGGCUGAACGCACGGCUUCCCGGGCCUCCCCUCCUGCCCCCCUCCCCCCCAAUUACAAUCCUUUCCUUCCAGCCAGUCGGCAGGCCUGGGUGCUUUGUCAUUCGCAGCCUUGGGGAGCCCGGCAAGGGGGCCUGGGGGGAUGGGGCAGGUGAGCAGGCAGAGGCCCGUCCUCCUGUGGCACCAGCCCAGCAGGCAGGACCCUUGCCCCCUCCCCAGCCCUAUUUAUUUCCGUUGUCUCUAUGCUGUGUUGGCUAACACUUCCCAGGGUGCUGCUGCCCCUGCCGCCACCAUCCCCCGAUCCCCAGCCAGCCAGCUCCCCGACAGCCAGCAGCUGUAUAUUUGACAAAGUCAUUGGUAUAUUUUUACUUACUGGAUUUUCCUUGCACUUUACCUGUUCUUUUCCCAGGGCUGACAGCACGGGCUCCGGGGCAGAGCGCCUGGCUUGACUUUCUUUCCCCACUGCCCGGGGGCGGGGCAGGACUCCCCGAUGAUUCUUAUUUAUUUUGUCUUCUGACUUCCCAGUGGCUGAGGGAGGGCUGAUGUCAGGGAGGUAGAGGGGGAUGGAAGGGGGUGCUGUAGGCCCCGGUGGGCAGAGAGAGGGAAGGGAGCAGGCAAGGAAUGGAGUUGCCCUCCUGGCACUGGGCUUGCCCACCCUAGGCCCCCUGCCCUGGCUCCGAGGUCCAGCACUGCCUCGAGGCCCCCAGCCACUCCCUCCUGCAGCUUGGAUCACACCUCAUGGACUCUGCCGGACCCCAGGGACGUCUGCUCCCCUCCGUUGCCUCCCCGCCCACUUGGGCCACCCAGCCUGCAUAUGUGUUGACUUUAUUUAAAUAAAUGUGUGUGGUAAAAGUCCA